UAUAUAUAUACAUAUAUACACAUACACACAUAUAUGUUGUGCUGAUCAAGGACGGGGAUAUUGAGAGGCAAGGUCCCAAGAAUGAUGGUACUGGUUCAGAAAAAAAGACAACAAUAAAAAUGGCAAUUGGGCAGGUCACUUCAGAAACGAAGAAAAUCAUUUCAAAAACGGCCAAUGUACCGGCGUGGUGCAUCCAUUACUUCCAUUGGGAUGUGGCGUUUUUAGUGGUGUGCGUAGUUGCAGUAGCAGUGGACCCUUUGUUCUUUUAUCUUCCUGUCAUCAAGGAGGCUACCAAAUGCAUUGCUAUAGAUACCACUUUGAAAAUCAUUGCUAUUUGUGUGCGAUCGUUCCUGGAUUUGGUUGCUCUUGGGGAUCUGGUUGCAAGAAAAAUAAAGAAUUGCCUGACAUGAAGUGUUCAGACUACGUGAUUAACAUUCUCAGCAUUCUUCCAGUCCACCAGGUGUUAAUGCCAAUUAUAUUUUCAGAAAUGAGCACUUCAAACAUCGAGAACAUAGAGAAAUUCUUAAAUGCAGUUGUUCUUUCGCAAUAUGUGCCAAGAAUUUUCCGUAUCUACAGAUUGUGGAAAAUAGUCAACGAGACUAACAUUCUACCGAAAAGAAGUAAGAGAGUGAAUGUAGAAAUUAGCAGCAAGAAUCUGAUCCCACCUAAAGGUUUUGUAGUGAUGAGAGCUGGAUUCAACCUUUUACUGUAUCUUGUUGCCAGUCAUGUAAAAAAUCCUCUCUUUAAUUUUGGAAUAUUCGAAGAUGCCCGUAAAUCUGGUAUACUAUCGUCCAUGGACUUUCUGCAAAAGAUCAUGUUUUGUUUCUGGUGGGGCCUGCGAAAUUUGAGGUUCUUCGGUCAAAACCUUAACACAAGUCCUUUUUAUUGGGAAAACUGCUUCGCAGUUCUCAUUUCGAUCUUUGGCUUGCUUCUGUUUUUAUACUUCAUCGGAAAUCUUCAGAUUGGUAUAUACAUGCAGUGGGAUGCAUCUAACAAGUUGGAUGAGAUCAAAUCUAAGUGGUUGAAAAACAAGGAGGAAAAAUUACAUAGCAUCGAGAAUUGGAUAAGCAAAUUGGGCCAGCUCCCUGACGAUUUGAAAAACAUGAUCAUGGACAAUGUGACACGAAUACUGGAAGAUCAAAACAAUGCUUUUGAUACAGAGAAUCCAUUCCCUUAUCUUUCCGAAGAGAUUAGGAGACGGAUUAAGAUCAAUCUCUGCUUGCCCCUGCUAAGGAGAGUGAGUUUUGAUCCCCUGGCCUCGUUUUAA